AUGAGGCGUGGCUUGACUCGCGGCGCGCUUAUUAGCUUCACUGCGGACUGUCCGAUCUUCUCCCAACUGGUGAGGUGGAAGAGUUCCUCACCUGCCGGGGAAUUGCAGCGCAGAAUAGGGCAGCUCGUCAGUAGGGGCCAAGUUGAGGAGGUGGCUCAAGAAAUUUGUGUUGGCCUGGAACAAUCCGUCUUUUCGAUGAAGGCAUUUGCGAGUGCCCUGUUUCUCUGCGAGCAAACCCACAAGGAGAAUGUGGGCAUGGAGCUGGUGCGAAGGGUGCAGGCCUCGCAGCUCGUGGAAGCGUGGACGGAUGAGAGUGUUCUUGCCGUUAUACUUCGACUUCAGUGUAGUGUGGGUGACGCUUCCGCGGCGACACAAACGUUUUCAUACAUGGUUCAUAAAAAGCUUCUGCACCUUCGUAGUGCCUCGGCGUUUUUGAACUUUUGGUGUGAGCGCGGUGAUCGUCGCAUGACGUUUGCCGUGUAUGAGGAAACGUUGAGACAGGGCAUUGAACUGCGUGCAGUUGACUACGUUGCGUUGGGCCGACUCUGUCUGGCCGUUGGUGAACCGGUGUCUACACUUCAUUUCAUGCUGCGCGAAAUGCAGGAGCAUGUGUUGAAUGUGCCGGAGGCAAUGGUGAGGGAUGUACUUAAGCCGUGGGCCCAAACAGCGGGGUUUCGCAUUGCUGAGGUUCAAUUCCCUCACGAAGACGCCACUCGGGAGCCGGGCACUUGCUCCUGCUGUGGGGAUGUGCUCAGGGGGCACCGCUUCACUGCCGCCCAAAAGACAGGGCUCCUGAAUGAUGUGAUGAAGGUUGUGACGAUGACACCACGAGGCAAUCUCACACGUGUCAGGGUUGCCUUUGAGGCCUGGAGGCGUUUUAUCUUGACUCACGGGCAACGCAUCGAUGUGCUGAUUGAUGGGGCUAACUUGGGCUAUUACGGCCUGAGCAGCUGGUACGAAGAGGCGAAGCGGGCACUGUUGUUGAAGCAUGGCAUGAAGGCGGAUAAAAUCAUGCCAAAGGAUGUGAUGUGGACAAAGCAUCGUACUGUGGAUGUCACCGUCAACUUUCAGCUUAUCGAUCUUGCGGUGCAGGAGGCACGACAUCGUGGGAUGCAGCCGUUGAUCCUCCUGCAUGAAAGACACUGUGAAUCGAAGAAUCUGACGGCAGAAAACGAGGUGAUUGUGGCGAAUUGGCGUCGCGUGGGUAUUCUCUAUUGCACCCCAAGCGGUCUCAACGACGAUCUUUGUUGGCUGUAUGCGGCGUUAGAACUCACGACACCAACUGACACCGCCGCUGCUGGCAGUCCGGAAAAGACGGUAUGGGUGUUAACAAACGACCUUAUGCGUGACCAUCACUUUAAGCUCCUUAGCCCUCGUUUUUUUGCCCGCUGGCGGGAUCGACAUCGCAUUGCUUUUAAAUGCUCGCGCAAAGAUGGUCGCACGCUUCUGCACUGGGAGAUGCCGGAACCUUAUGCACGGUGUAUACAAGAGCUAAAGCCACUCGCCUGGCACAUUCCCAUCAGCCAUGCAGAAGAUACGACAUUUUGCGCGACAAAGAAGCAGUGGGCGGGGGAGGAGGGAUGCAAUAAGGCGAUUAACCAGACGGAGGAGGAGGAAGAAGGACAUCACGAGAAGGACACUGGGGAUAAUGUAAUGCGUCUGCCUUUGCUCCCACGCCGCUGGGUUUGUAUGGGUUAG